UUAGAUCCAAUAGAUCUACAUGCAGGCGAAUCAGCCUCAUGAAACUGAAACCAAAGUGCUACAGGCAGCAUACACACACACAUCGAACCAUUCAGAGCCGCACAUUUCUGAGUUGGUUUCCGUCAACGUGCGCCCACUACGGAGUUGCAGUGGUCAGUUUCAUGGUUCUGUCUGAAAUUCGUGCACCUCUGGUUCAGAAGUGUCUUCUUCCAUUGCAUUGCUUGAGCAGCGUCUUUAUCCUCCUAAAAUCACCAGAUGCAUUUUGUUGAUCAAGGAUGGAUGUGGCCUCACACAACCGGGGUGCAGGGAAAGAUGCAGGAGAUGCUUUUUCUAAGUUGGCUGAACUGAUGGCUCAGUCAGAGCAAAAGCAAGAUGGUCGCAACCAAAAGUCUCACCAGUCAGGUGUAUCCACUUGUGAAGAGUGCCACCAGGAUUUCCCAGAUUUGGCAGGACUUGUUCGUCACCAACAGAAACUCCAUGUCUUGCGGAAGCCUCACCGCUGCAAGGCGUGUGGCCAAGAGUUUGCGCUCCUUUCUACUCUCCAGUUGCACAAGUGCCUCAGCUCAGGCCCAGUCUGCCAGCUGUGCCAUGGAAAAGCCCAGCGCGGUGCCCCUUGUUCCGCAUGCUCCUCUGAGCUGGCAGACCCCAAGGGCCCACAGGAGCAGUCCCACCUCUACCGCCAUCACCAUGACAACAGCCCCUAUGCAUGUGCUCCCUGCGGUCGUGCUUUCAGCCACAAACAGGAGUUGCUGUACCACCAGCAGGCAGGUGGAUGUCAGCCAGCUCCACUUAGUCCCAAAGCUCUCAAAUCUUCUACUGUGCCAUCUUAUACCCCUGUUCCCACACCAACGCCCUCAUAUGCUUCUCUUCCCCCAUCACCCCCCGGGCCAGGAGCAUGCCUGCUUUGUAGAAGGGUUUUCCGCUCACCUGCAGGACUGGCUAAUCAUCAACGGGUCUGGCAUCCAAGCCAGUGGGCAAAGAAUUCAACUAAACUUCCACAGAAAUCUGCAGGGAAAAUGAAUGGCAAAACGGUGGAAUCAGAAUGUAAAAGUGCACCAGACUCUGCAAAGAAAAGCAAUGCGAGCCAGAAGAAGGGCCAGCAGUUCCCCUGCCGCUCCUGUGACCGGGUGUUCUCCCAGACCUCCAUGCUGCACCAGCACAGGAAAGAGGUGCACCGACGAGAGAAGAGACCAUGGCGCGAGCACAGGCCAUCAGCUAAGAGCACCAGGCAGAGGAAGAAAAGCGAAACAUACCCAUGCCUCGUCUGUGGCAAAGUGUUCCUCCAUCACCUGACGCGCUGGGCUCAUCUCCGCACGCACAGCGCCCAGCAGCAGAACCAGAUGCGAAAGGUUGCGCAAGGAGUGAAGCCAUCAAAGAUCACCAAGGAAACAAAGGCAGCUGAAAAGAACCCCACCCGGAAAGCCAAAAAGACUAAGUGCAGCUCCACAGCGAAAGCAGACACAAAAAAACAAAGGCGAAAGCGAGAGAUCCAUGAGGAGGAGGGCGAGUUCCCAUGCCCAUCUUGUCUUGAGGUUUUCAGCUCCCCAGCUGACCUCUGCAAGCACCAAGAGGUUCAUCAGCCGGCAGAAAUAACCAAGAAUUGCAGUGUUUGCAAGGAAGAAAUGACCCCUGUUGAAGGAAGAGCCAAUCUGCCUGAACUAUUAUACCAUUGUGUGCCAUGCAGGCAGGCUUUCUCCACACUGAGCAGCUUCUUGCAGCAUUGCCAGAUGCAUCUCCCCAGUGACAAUGACGAGGAAGGAUGUGAUGGUGAUGACUAAGUUCUUUAAUGCUUUUGUGAAGCCACCCUCUGUGCCGUUCCUGGGCUAGGUCAUGGUGAUGGAACUGAAUACACGAAUAGAGAUGAAUUGAGUUAUUGAUGACUCUAGAUUGAUAUGAUGACUCUUAGCUACCACCCGCUAUCACCAGCAAUAAGGCAGACUUUUUCAGGUUUGUGGAAAACUAUUUGUGUUGUGUAACUGAUUAUUUUUCCUCCUCCCUCAGUUUACAUUUUCUAUUAGGGUCUAUUUUUUUUUUUUUUUUUUUUUAAAGACUUACACCUGAGCCUUACAUUGAACCAAACUGUGCUUAAAUGUAUUUUAUUGAUGAGAUAUUGGGGUGAUGUAAAAUAUACUGCAUCAAGUAUAAUCGACACUGUGAUUGUUUUUCAUUCAGAAUUGUACAAAAAGAUGGUACAGGUACAAAAUGGCAGGACAUUAAAAUGAAAUAUCAGAC